CACGAGCGAUGAUGUAGGCGGUGCGACGGUAACGGCAGGGAAACGAAACUGCAUCGAUUACUACUGCAGGCGUUAACGGGAGUGCGUCGCGUUUGGCUUGAUGUAAACGAAAACAUAAUAUUGUGUUGCUAUGAUGAUUGUAUACACACAGUUCGACGUGCAUCUGCAUCUGCAUCUGUGUGCGUUCUAGAGAUAAUCAUAAUGGCAGACUUAUAUUCAGAGGGCUGUUUGGAGUCAGAGCUCACCUGUCCCAUCUGUCUCCAUCUCUUCCUCGACCCGGUCACUCUUCCUUGCGCUCACAGUUUCUGCCUGGUUUGCCUGGAAACAUCUGAUAGGGAUAAAACUUCUGGAUCUGCUCAAGAACUUUGUUGCCCAGUAUGUGGACAGGAACAUCUCAGCCCAGAGUCCCUACCGAGAAAUGUCAAACUGAAACAAAUAGUUGAGAACUACAAGGCCAACAGUGCCAGUGGUGAGCUUCACUCCAGUGCAGAGGACAAGAUGAUCAAUGAUGAACCAUCUUCAGAAGACACUGAUGAGUCCACGUCAACAGAUUGUGGGAAAAUCUCUCUUGAGGGGACGGAAGCCAAUGGACGGAGGUCUAUAUUAAGUCCAAUUAUAACUAGUCUUCAAGAAAAGCUUGCUGUAGUAGAUGAUCUGGUCAAUAAAGAAACGGCCAGAGAGGCUGCGAUCAAAGCGACACAUGCUGAUCUGAGGAAAGAUGUGAGCAGCGUUCUACAGGAGAUGGCAGAGCUACUGGAGACCUACAGAAAGACUGGAAUGAAACUUCUGGAGGUUGAACUGAAGCCCAGAGAAGAUGCUGUUGGGAAAAGAGUGCAGAUGCUAUCAGACCUCCAGAAGCAGCUGAGAUCGGCUGAACUUCGGGUCAACGCAUUAAUGGGCGAGACUGAAGACCCGUGUUUCAGUGAUGGAGUCCGAGAUGUCGAGAGCCAAGUUUCCAGCUUGACCGUGGAGCCUCUGCGGGACUUUACGAGCGAUCUGGAAUUAUCCAGCAAUUUGAAAAAAGUCUGUGAGAAAAUCGAGCACCAAAAUAACCAACUCCGUCUUGGACUUGGAUCCGCUCAGCGGGCUCUACGCGUUGUUCUCAACCCAUCUGAGGUGACAUUUAACCCCGAUACCAUCCAUCCCAAUCUGGUUUUGUCGGAAGACCUUAAAACUGUGUCUUUUAGCGUUGCCAAACAGCCGUAUUCGGCCAGUUCUCAGAGGUUUACCAGUUUUUUCCAAGCUUUAAGCUCCCAGAGCUUCGUCCAAGGAGAACAUCUUUGGACCUUUCAGGCUGAGGGUUGUCCUUGGGUUAUGGCCGUGUGCUACGGUGAACUUCCCCGAUCCGGUUCUGGUAGCGGUCUGGAGAGCAGUGCUGGAUCCUGGUGCCUCAUGUACUGUGAUAACCUUCUGAGGGCGUACGAAAAAGGAAAGGACACACCACUUAGACGUACGCCAUCUCUGAAGAGAAUGGAGAUACACCUCAGCUUCAGCACUGGCACUUUAGCGUUUUACAGCAUUAGUGAUGUGAGUGGGGAUAAAACUCAUCUGCAUACUUUUAAAGUCAGCUUUACGCACCCGGUGUAUCUGGCUGUAAGGAUGAUGUCUGGUCAGCCCAAAGCACAUAUAACAGUCAACUAGCUAUUUCAUACAAAUGCUGUACUACACCUUACAAUGGAAUUAUUGCAGACGGUUAAAGUUUAAUGCACUCCAUUACAGAGGUGUAUUGGGAGAUUAUUUAAAUGGCCAUUAGAGUAAACCACUUGUUUCUGCACUGCUUUCACCUUGUGCCACUAGUUGUCAAAUAUAUUUUUUGCAGCUUAUCCAUAUUUGCCCUUUUCUGAUGAAGUUAUGAUGCAAUACGUCAUUAAUGUUCACCUCUUAUGCACUGAAUGCAUCUUGCUGCACAUUAAUUGUCACGUGCAUUCUGCUUUCAAUAUUUAAUUUAAUCAAAAUGUGGUGUUUCUUGACUCAUGUGAUGUUGCGUUUGAGCAUGUGACAUUAAUACAAGCCUGCAUUACAUUUGCUUGUCAUUUAAAAAAAAAAAAAAAAAAAAAUCUAAUUCUGUUUCUGUUUCUUUGCUGUGCUUUUCUUUUAACAUGUGUAUUAAUACUUUUGUUCUGUCUACAUUUAAAUAAACAGUAGCAUCUACAUUUUUCUA